AAAGUUAUUUCAAGAUUCUCGCGACUUGUUUUCCAGAAGGGCUUCCAAGUGUUCCUUUGUCUGUGUUCGCAUCUCCCGCUGCUCUUUGAGCCCGGCAUCAACCCGAUUAUACGCACCUUUAAUCAUCACCUCAACAUGUCGCUAAAACAGGAAAUAGAGACCUGGGUCUCUGCCCUGGCGCAGUAUGACAAUAGCGAGUUCGAUGCUGCAUUGCAGGAGUUCGAAAAGAUUGCCGACACCUCCAAGAUCCUCUUCAAUAUGGGCGUUAUUCAUGCGACACUGGGUCAACACGAGCAAGCUGUCGAGUGCUAUCAACGAGCGAUCCGGCUCGAUCAGUACCUAGCUGUCGCAUACUUCCAACAGGGUGUUUCCAACUUCUUGCUUGGCGACUUCGAGGAGGCAUUGGCCAAUUUCAACGACACACUUCUAUAUCUUCGAGGCAACCAAGUCAUCGACUAUGCGCAGCUGGGCCUUCUCUUCAAACUUUACUCAUGUGAAGUCCUCUUCAACCGUGGUCUUUGCUACAUCUACCUUCAACAAAUCGAAGCUGGUAUGCAGGAUUUGUCGUAUGCGGCCAAGGAGAAGGUGGUUGAGGACCAUAAUGUGAUCGAUGAAGCGAUCAAGGAGAACGCAGAGGGCUACACCGUUUUCUCUAUCCCAGUGGGCGUCGUCUACCGACCAAACGAAGCGAAAGUGCGAAACCUAAAGACCAAAGACUAUCUUGGCAAAGCCCGCCUAGUGGCAACAUCAGAUGCGAACAAUGCAUUCACUGGUUUUGCUGGUGCUGAAAUCAAGAAUGCUGGGAAACUUGAGGUGAAGGAUGAUAGGCCAGUCGAGUCUCUGUCUUUCGCCGCUACCAACCUCGUCAAGCCUGGGCUACAGAGCAAAAGGCAACAGUCGGAGCCCCCGACCAACCGCAGCAUGUUCCCGCCGACACCGCCCCCCGAGAAUGAAAAGUCGCAGAUGAGCCGCGGUGCUUCUGUCCGAAACGGACCCAAACCCAUGCCGGCUAGGCUUAACCUCGAUAAAGUCCGACCGAGUGAUCGCUACGAAAAGACGUCGCCAGAAGAGCCCUCUAGGCGGCCUUCUCGCGCAGCAUCGGCCACCCCAUCCCGAGGUUUCUCCCAACGCGAACAGCCCCCGCCGCCAAGAAUGAGACGGUCUCAACAGGAGGAGGAGGACAGUUACCCGAGCGAAUUAUACGAUAUGUACGGCGGCCCCGGCCCCAACCGAAACAGCCGCGGACAGAGGAGCAACCGAAGCGCCCCGCGAUACAUCCAGGAAGAAGACGAUGAGAGCGACUACGACGUUUCCUUCGAUGAGGCUGAAUUUGAGAUGGUAUCUGGUCGUAGGCCCAGUCUCAGCACGGUUCGAAGCUCCGGAGGACGCGGUUCUUCUAGGCGGCCUGAACUUCGCAGCAUCCGUGUUAAGGUGCAUGCUGGCGAUGUUCGCUACAUCAUGGUCGGAACUGCCAUCGAGUUCCCCGACUUUGAGGAGAAGAUCAGGAGCAAGUUUGGGAUUCGCCGCCGCAUCAAGAUCAAAAUCAAGGAUGACGACUCGCCAGAUGGUGAUAUGAUCACGGUGGGCGACCAAGACGAUCUUGACAUGCUCAUUCAGACAGUCAAGCAAAAUGCAAGGAAACAAAGAUUGGAGACCGGGAAGAUGGAGGUCUGGGUCCAGGAGAUAUAGAACCAAUUCGCCAUAUCGGUUUUGCUACGCUCACCAAUUAUACCCUUAGACCGAUAACGACGGAUUGAUGCAUGAACUUAACGAUGUUGUCCUCUUCUUUUCUUGUUCUGUUCUUCGGGAUUUACUUUCGAGUUCAAGUCCUCAUUCGAGUAUCGAGUAUGGGCCCUGUCGACAGACCUGUACUUUUGGCAUGAGAGGCUGUGCCCUCUAUGCUUUGUAUCGCAAUACCCCUUUUGCAUAUCAGACUAUUUUGUUUCUAUUUUUGCAUGGCAUAUUUGGAUAUAUAAGGUGAAGGUGUCGGGCACCAAGGAACAAAAAAUCCUAAUAUGUUGUAGCCUUGAAAAUAUUUGCUUGUCUCUUUCUCAAAUAUCCUCCUGCUGACAUCCCAUAUCGAUAUUACCCCCUUACCAUGUUUUAUACCUCUUUUUUUUUGUUCCCAUUCUUGAAUUUGAGACGUGAAGGUUUUUGGAGUCGGGUCAAGCAAGGUGUAUAAGAAUGAUGAUUUUCAAAGAAAACAAAGUUGGAUAU